UUAUAUUUAGUUAUUUAUUUGCUUCUAGUAAAUAAAGAGGACACGAGCCCCAAGCUGCCUCCUCUUAAUAGUGACACUGGCGGCAGCAGUGCUAAUGUUCCUGACCUGAUGGAUGAGUUCAUAGCAGAGCGGCUUCGAAGUGGGAAUGCCUCGACUAUGACAAGAAGGGGAAGUAGUCCAGGCAGCCUUGAAAUUCCGAAAGACCUCCCUGACAUUCUAAACAAGCAGAACCAGAUGCGUCCUGUUGAUGACCCAGGUGUACCCUCAGAAUGGACAUCUCCUGCCAGUGCAGGGAGCAGUGAUCUUAUGAGCUCGGAUAGUCAUUCGGAUUCUUUCAGUGCUUUCCAGUGUGACGGACGAAAGUUUGACAACUUUGGCUUUGGAACUGACAUUGGGAUUCCGUCCUCUGCUGAUAUGGAUUCAGGUUCUGGCCAUCAUCAGAGCACUGAGGAGCAGGAAGUGGCUAGCCUAACAACACUUCAUUUAGAUUCAGAAACAAGCAGCCUUAAUCAGCAAGCCUUUUUGGCUGAAGUUGCAACAGUUACUGGUAAAGUAAUUCCAGGGAAUGUUACUAAAUCUUGACCUCUAAA